AACGUAGUUUGACAAAACAGCACCUUAAUACGCCGCCCAGUCUUCAACGGUAGCUGCUAUCUCUCUCUCUCUCCAAUCUGCUAAGACACACAAAUCAUGAUCUUCAGAUAGCAUCACCUCAUCAUACACAGCUUCCAAAACCAAAAGUCUCUCAUUAGCAGUGAUUUUAAGAAGGGUUAUCAUCGCAGAUGGAUAGUAGCAGUGGAAUUGAGAGCAAUGGGCGUGUGCCACUUUCAGGGGUUGUUGCAGAUUGUGUGAAACGGUGGUUCAGAGACACUCUGAAAGAAGCUAAAGCUGGGGACAUAAACAUGCAGGUCUUGGUAGGUCAGAUGUAUUACAGUGGUUAUGGUGUUCCCAGAGAUGACCAAAAGGGUAAAAUUUGGUUGACUAGAGCGUCGAGGGUUAGAUCUUCAGUUUGGAAAGUUGGUGAUAAGCAUCCAGGUUAUAAUGCAAGUGAUUCUGAUUCUGAUGAAUUGAAGGAAGAUUCUUAAACACACUAAAUGCCUAACAUUUGAAUGGUACGCAUGCCAGGCAUCUCGUUUUGUAACAACAGUUUUCUAUUUGGGUUUCUGAUGUUUGUUUGAUUUUACAAACUUUUGUUUUAACGUCUAGAGGUCACUAGGUUGGACUUGGUAUAUCACGCAUUAAGAUAAUCUAUGGUGUAGAUUUAAACCAUGAAAGAGUAGCAUCCAUUAUCAUUCAAAUAAUCAUACCAUUGGAUUACUUUAAUGCAUGAUAUAGUAAGUUUUGUUGGGUGUAUCAUAGCAUGGUUCUUUGUUUCUAUGACCUAUAGAAAAGGCAACAUUGUUACUUUUUGUACAAGUUGUUGCUUGGUAAUUGAAGGUAUUUUUCUUAAUCA